AUGAAGGUGGCAAGGUGUCUUUUGGUUCCAGUCAUCGUUUCCAAUGCAGUGCUAGCAGGCGAUUCCUUCUUUGGGAUAUCUUUUGCUAACUCGAAACCUGCAUCGUGUUCCAUUUAUGGCAGUUGUGGCAAGAAAUCCCUCUUCGGAGGCGAACUGCCCUGCCCCGUUACUGAGGAUUUCGUUCCCGACCCCCUAUCAGAAGCUGAACGAGAAAGUUUAGUAGACCUUUGCGGGGAAGAAUGGAAGGAUGUCAACCAAGUGUGCUGCAACGGAGCACAAAUCGAAAACCUGCGAAAGAACUUAAAGAAAGCUGAAAACUUGAUUGCUUCGUGUCCUGCCUGCGACAAAAACUUUAAGAGCUUGUUUUGCCACUUCACAUGCUCUCCCCAACAAAGAGUUUUCACUAAUGUGACGGAAACCCAAAGUUCCACAGACGGAAGAGAAAUAGUGGCGUCUAUGAAUGUCUUCCUCGACUCGCAUUGGGCAUCUGAGUUCUAUGAUUCCUGUAAGAAUGUUAAAUUUGGUGCAACCAAUGGGUACGCAAUGGAUCUCAUUGGCGGAGGAGCGAAGAAUUAUGAACAAUUUUUGAAGUUCUUAGGGGACGAAAAACCUUUGCUGGGUGGGUCACCAUUCCAAAUUAACUACAUAUAUGACUCUCAAAACUCUGGUAUCGAGCUCUUCAACGAAACAGUUUAUUCGUGCGAUGAUGAGACAUACAAGUGCGCCUGUACGGACUGUGAUAAGUCAUGCCCAAAGCUUAAACCUUUGAGACGCAACCACUGCAAGGUAGCUGGUCUACCAUGCUUUUCUUUUGUGAUAUUAAUGGUAUACGUGAGCCUUUUUGUUCUCAUUUUAGGGUGGCACAUCUACUACUUUAAAAAUAGGAAGGAGCCAAUCAUUUUUGAGCAAGACAUAGAAGACAGCUACGCGGUUGCAAAUAAUGACCGCAUAUUUCAGGAACACGCAUAUAAAGCGUACAGCUUUGACGAGAAGGUGGCGAGCGUGCUUGGCCAAAUUUCUGGCUUUUCGUACAGACACCCUAAACUUGUCAUUCUAGCAACAGGGGUUGUUGUUGUGUUGCUUACAGUCCUAGCUUGGAUAUUUGGAGAUCUUGAAACAGACCCGAUAAACCUUUGGGUAAGCAAGAGCUCUCCGAAGUAUAAGGAAAAGGAGUUUUUUGAUGAAAACUUUGGCCCUUUUUACAGAACAGAACAAAUCUUUAUUGUGAAUGAAACUGGCCCCGUACUCUCCUAUCCUAACUUAGAGUGGUGGUUUGGUGUUGAAAGUUACAUAACUGAGGUCCUCCGGUCUGAAGAAUACCAAACGUACCAAGACUUGUGUUUCAGGCCAACUGAGGAUUCCACUUGUGUGGUCGAGUCAGUGACGCAGUACUUCAACCAAGACCUUCCAAAGGAAGGCGAUUGGGAAAAUAGACUCAAAUCUUGCACAGAGUCGCCCGUAAACUGUUUGCCUUCCUUCCAACAACCGCUGAAACCCAACCUCCUUUUCAGCGACAAUGACGUUUUUAAGUCGAACGCGUUAGUGGUGACACUCCUACUUAGCAACCAUUCCAAUUCUGCUUUAUUAUGGGAGAAGCAGCUAGAAGAUUAUCUGUUAAAUUUGGAUUUACCUCAUGGUUUGAGGUUGAGCUUCAAUACUGAGAUGUCACUAGAAAAAGAGCUGAACCGAAACAACGACAUUUAUAUUGUCUUAGUGUCAUAUUUGCUAAUGUUCGCUUACGCUUCAUGGGCACUGAGAAAGAAGGGGGGAGGCAGUAGACUUCUCCUAGGUUUCUCUGGUAUUUUGAUUGUCCUCAGCUCAGUAUCAUCCGCAACUGGCGUACUCAGUAUUUUGGGCCUCAAGUCGACACUUAUUAUCGCAGAAGUCAUACCAUUCCUCAUUUUAGCCAUUGGAAUUGACAACAUUUACUUGAUAACUCACGAGUUUGAUAGAAUCUCGGAAGGUGAACAGACACUUGAGGUCGAACACAUAAUGAAAAAAGCAUUGCAAAAAAUUUCUCCUUCGAUACUACUUUCUCUGUUGUGUCAGCUUUGUUGCUUCUUAAUUGCAACCUUCGUGAGUAUGCCAGCAGUACGGAAUUUUGCUAUCUACUCAGCAGUUUCUCUGGUUUUCAACGUCUUAUUGCAACUGUCAGCCUACGUUUCAAUUUUAACGCUAUAUGAGAGAACUUUCUCUGCUACUGAAAAUACAGUGUCCUCCGAGUCCACGCCAUCUAAGCUGAAGUCUGCCUACGUUGAGCUACUUACCAAGAAGCGGAAAAUUGUGGGAAUUUUCGUUUCUCUGACUUUAUUUUCUCUCUUUUUCAUUCCUUACAUCGAAAUCGGUCUUGAUCAAACUUUGGCAGUCCCUCAGGAUUCAUAUCUUGUUGACUAUUUCCGUGAUAUCUACAAGUAUUUGAAUGUGGGACCGCCGGUGUUUUUCGUGGUGAAAAACUUGGAUCUAACCAGUCGAAGUAAUCAAAAGAAGGUUUGCGGGAAGUUCACAACAUGCGACGACCUAUCUUUGGCAAACACUCUUGAGCAAGAACGAAAAAGGUCAACAGUUGUUGAACCUGUGACAAACUGGUUUGACGAUUUUAUGAUGUUCCUGAAUCCCCAAUUAGACACUUGUUGCAGGUUGAAGAAAGGAACAGAAGAUGUGUGUCCUCCGUCCUUCCCAAGUAGAAGAUGUGAAACGUGUUUUUCUGAGUCUGAGUGGUUCUAUGACAUGAGUGGUUUUCCUACAGGUGAUGAGUUCAUGCAUUACUUCAAUAUUUGGAUCAACUCGCCCAGCGACCCUUGUCCUCUAGGGGGAAAGGCGCCCUAUUCUUCUGCCAUCACCUACAAUAAAACUAGUAUCAAAUCAUCAACAUUCCGAAGUGCACACAAACCGCUCAAAUCACAACAAGACUUCAUCGAAGCCUACAAAGAUGCGGAAAGAAUUAGUAAAUCCCUUUUUGAACUAGACGUCUUCGCAUACUCCCCGUUUUACAUUUUCUUCGUGCAGUAUGGAUCACUGGUAUCACUGUCAUUGAAGCUGCUAGCUUCUUCCGUCCUGCUCGUCCUCUUGGUAUCCUGGAUGUUUUUGGGUUCCUUAAAAACAGCGGCCUUAGUGGGGCUUACCGUCGCGAUGAUUCUGACAGACAUUGGAGCGCUCAUGUUCUUCUUAGGAAUAUCACUGAAUGCCGUCAGCUUAGUCAACCUAAUCAUAUGCGUUGGAAUCGCGGUUGAGUUUUGUGUGCAUAUAGCAAGAGCCUUCACUAUAGUUCCGAGCAAUAUCAAGACAGAUCGUGACUCUAGAAUGGUCCAUGCCAUCGAAACUGUUGGGGGCUCGGUCUUUCAAGGCAUUACACUAACUAAAUUUAUUGGGGUUUCCAUUUUGGCUUUUACCCAUUCCAAGAUCUUUCAAGUGUUUUAUUUUAGGAUGUGGUUCAUUUUGAUAAUCGCUUCUUGUGCGCAUGCAUUAUUUUUUCUACCAGCUGCUCUAUCUUUGGUAGGUGGGAAGAGCUACGCGGACUCGGAAGUGGAGCUAGAAGACUGA